CAGGAAGUGACAUGGCCGCCUCCUUAUACGGAGGCUCCUUCGUUUCUCUCUCGGUUACUUGUAGGUUAAAGUAGUUUGUCAUUUUCCGCUCAAGAGUGUCUCCAGUAGUUUUCGGGACAGCGGCCGAGCGGAGCGGAGCUCAGCAUGGGCACCGUCCAUGCCAGGAGCCUCGACCCUCUGCCCAUGCAGGGGCCAGAGUUAGGCGUCCAAGCAGAUGACAUCGAGGCUCCGGAGAUCGAACAGGAGCCAAAGCAAGAAGUUCUUGAAAACAAAAACGUUGUUGUCCAGCGAGUCCACAUAGAUGGACUUGGAAGAACACAGGAUGACUUUUUGAGUUAUGAAAUUGCCGAAGUGUUCAGGGCAAAAGACCUGAUUGACGUGAUGCGGAGGUCUCACGAAGCGCGACAGAAGCUGCUGCGUCUCGGUAUCUUCAGAAAGGUGGAGGUUGUCAUUGACACUUCGCGAGGUGAAGGCGCCCUUCCUAAUGGUCUUGACGUGACCUUUGAGGUCAUUGAGCACAGGCGUUUGACAGGCAGCUAUAACACUAUGGUCGGAAACAAUGAAGGGAGCAUGGUACUCGGACUAAAAUUACCAAAUAUGUUAGGUCGGGCAGAAAAGCUGACAUUCCAGUUCUCCUACGGCACCAAAGAGACAUCGUACGGACUCUCCUUCUUCAAACCCCAACCAGGACAGUUUGAGCGCAACAUCUCUGUCAACGCGUACAAAGUUACAGGUCAGUUUCCGUGGAGCUCACUAAGAGAGACGGAUCGAGGCAUCUCUACAGAACUUAGCUUUCCUUUGUGGAAGACCAGCCAAACCCUAAAGUGGGAAGCGGUGUGGAGAGAGCUGUGCUCUCUGGGUCAGACGGCCUCUUUCGCUAUCCGACAGGAGAGCGGCCAUUCGCUCAAGUCUUCCCUUUCGCACGCUAUGGUCAUCGAUACCAGGAACUCCUCCAUCCUUCCGAGGAAAGGCGGAUUACUGAAGAUUCAUCAGGAACUGGCUGGUUACACAGGGGGUGACGCCAGGUUCCUGAAGGAGGACUUUGAGAUUCAACUCAACAGAACUCUCAUUUUGGAUUCGGUUAUUUCUGCCUCAUUGUGGGGAGGCCUUCUUCUAUCCAUUGGUGAUAAGUCAACAUGCAUUGCAGACAGGUUCUACCUUGGUGGCCCGACCAGCAUCAGAGGAUUUAGUAUGUACAGCAUGGGCCCACAAAGUGAUGGUAAGACAAAGACGUUUAUCAGCAAAGUUGAAAUUUGGUGUUCUACGCUAAAGCCGUUACUGACUUCACUGGCAUCAGGUGAUUUCCUGGGAGGUGAAGCCUAUUGGGCGGGAGGCCUCCACCUUUACACGCCUCUGCCCUUCAGACCGGGCCGAGGCGGUUUCGGCGAUCUCUUCAGAACCCAUUUCUUCCUUAACGCCGGAAACCUCUGUAACCUCAACUACGGCGAGGGGCCUCAGGCACAUUUGAAGAAACUGGCAGAAUGCAUUCGCUGGUCCUAUGGGCUGGGCAUCGUGCUGCGUUUGGGGAACAUUGCCAGAGUGGAACUGAAUUACUGCAUUCCCAUGGGAGUCCAAAGUGGAGAUAGGAUAUGCGACGGGUUCCAGUUCGGAGCAGGAAUUAGGUUCUUGUGAAGAUACUGAACUUUUGUCGGUUGUGUUGAAAGUCCGUUUGUACAGUAUUGUUGGAAAAACGUAGUUCAAUAAAAUUGUCUCAUCUGA